AACAAUACCUUAGCCAUUUUCACGAAGACUUCCAAGUCCAACGUACCCUCCCAGUCCGAGCUAGCACCUUUUCUGAGUUUUCAGAUUAAAACAGGAUUUUUUGUUAAUUUGCUUUGGGCAUGGGAUAUAUUAGCAAGACUAGUUUUGGUUCCACAUGGUGCAUGCGGUCUUUCGGCCACUUUGGUGGUCUGGAAGGAGAUCAAGGCUAAGGUGAGGAAGUGGCAAUGCUGUUCAGAUUGUUCAUCGACAUCACUUUGCAUCCCACCUGAAAUGAAUGGCAGUUGUUGUUUGCAUUCAGGAGGAAUUUGUUGGCUUUGGAAAGGGCUAAGGAAAUUGUGGAUCAUCUCUUCACUGGUGCCCCUGAAACUAUACAGGAUAGACUCAUUGAUGUGCCAUCAUCAUAUGUUGAGACGUAUAAGAAAUAUACUCGUCAAGGGUCUCGUGUCCUAUCUCUUGCCAAUUAAAAACAUCAUAUUGGGUGGUGUGGUUUUCAUCAACUGUUAUUAUACUUAUGUUACUUUUUUGGUUAGUGAAGCUCGAAGCUUGGAUAGAGAUAUAGUGGAGAGUGGCCUUACCUUUGCUGGCUUUGCUGUGAUGAUUACUGGGGACCAAGCUUUGACAGCUUGUCAUGUUGCUAGCCAAGUUCAUAUUAUAUCAAAACCAGCAUUGAUUCUUGGGCCAGCAAGGAAUGGAGAUGGGUAUGAGUGGAUAUCCCCUGAUGAGGCAGAAAUUAUUCAGUACAGUGAUAAAGAGGUUGAAGCCUUAUCAGAGAUUUAUGAUCUCUGUAUUGGUGGGGACUGCAUUGAAAUGUUGCAACGGACCUCAGCUGUUCUGCGUGUGAUUCCUUAUGUGAAGGUUUUUGCAAGGGUUGCUCCCGAGCAAAAAGAACUAAUCUUGACCACUUUUAAAAUGGGAAGGAUUACAUUGAUGUGUGGGGAUGGAACCAAUGAUGUUGGAGCUCAGAAACAGGCCAAUGUUGGAGUUGCUCUAUUGAAUGCAGUGCCGCCAAGUCAAAGUGGAAAAUCUUCUGAAACAUCUAAGGAUGAAAGUACAGAGUCUGUCAAGUCAAAAAAAUCUAAGCUCACAUUGGAAGCAACUGGAAAAGCUUUGAUUUUGAAUGGGGAAGGCUCUUCGAAAGGUAAAGGUACCUCAAGAUCAGAUACGACCAACAUUUCUUCUAGUAAUCGCCAUCUGACUGCUGCUGAGAUGCAACGACGAAAGCUGAAGAAGCUGAUGGAUGAGCUAAACGAAGAGGGUGAUGGUCACUCAGCUCCCAUUGUCAAGCUUGGCGAUGCCUCUAUGGCAUCACCAUUUACUGCAAAGCAUGCAUCAGUUGCCCCCACCAUGGACAUAAUUCGUCAGGGUCGCAGUACUCUGGUUACUACCCUACAAAUGUUUAAAAUACUUGGCCUUAACUGCCUUGCUACAGCCUAUGUCUUGAGUGUCAUGUAUUUGGAUGGUGUUAAACUUGGAGAUGUUCAGGCUACUAUCAGCGGCAUAUUUACUGCUGCCUUUUUCCUGUUUAUCUCACAUGCCUGCCCCCUUCCCACUCUUUCAGCUACACGUCCCCACCCCAAUGUCUUUUGCUCCUACGUCUUCCUCUCUCUCAUGGGACAGUUUGCGAUGCACCUAUUUUUCUUGAUUCUUUCUGUGAAGGAGGCCGAGAAAUACAUGCCUGAGGAGCGUAUCGAGCCUGACUCUAAUUUUCAUCCCAACCUUGUGAAUACAGUUUCAUACAUGGUUAGCAUGAUGCUCCAGGUGGCUACCUUUGCUGUGAACUACAUGGGUCAUCCUUUUAACCAGAGCAUCGCGGAAAACAAGCCAUUUUUGUAUGCCCUAUUGGGUGCUGUUUGUUUUUUCACAUUUAUAACUUCGGAUCUGUUUAGGGACUUGAAUGACUGGUUGAAGUUGGUGCUCUUGCCAGUGGGAUUAAGGAAUAAACUAAUGGUUUGGGCUUUUCUCUUGUUUCUGUGCUGCUACUCCUGGGAGAGACUGUUGAGGUUGCCUUUCCCUGGUAAGAUUCCAUCCUGGAAGAAGCGACAGCGGGUUGCUACAGCUAAUUUAGAAAAGAAGAAACAUGCCUGAUGAUUUUAUGGAGGUGGAAAGAACUGCACUGAGCUUUAUUUUAAUGGCUGUGACCAGUGCUGAUGUCAAUCAUCAGAAGGCAGGGACCGUGAAAGGGAUAUCUCUGAAUGGCUUUCCUUAUGUGACAAUUUUGCAAUUAUGUUUCCCUCGUCUAGUGGGAAAUUUUGUCAAAAAAAUUGAGUGAUCUAUAUGUUGUAGAGAAAAUAAUGUUCAGGACUAGUGCCUCUUCAACAACAAUGAUUUGAGAUGCUUUUUGACGUAGGAGAUUCAUAGUGGAUAGUUUAAGCUUUCAAGAGUUGUACUUGACACAAACGCUACAUUCAGCAAUUGUGUAAUUUGUGUUACGAUUAAAAAAGUAUUUGAUGCCGAGAUUUCAUCUUUCAAUUCUUA